CAAAAACAAUAAUCACCUCUUAAAGUAACAUCUUUGUUUUUCUCUCACCUCUAAGAAACAAUGUUGAGUGCUUUUUUGGGUCAUGCAUCAGCUAUUGCUAUAGCUUCACCAGUAGUCAGCAUUGUUGGCAUCAGCUAUAUUCAAUGUAAUAAUUUAGUAGAGGAAGUGACUAAGGCGUACGAGAUCCAGUUCAAAAUAGACAUGGGAAGUUUUCUUGAAGCAAGAGCAGAAGAAAUUGUCUCGGGCGGAUUGAUGAUCCUUUCAGGACAAUGCUUGCCAGAUGGGAUCCCAAAGGCUUUGACAUGGCAAGGUGUUGUGAUCGAUAUGAUUGGAGAUUGUCUUAUGGAUAUGGCUAAACUGGGAAUAACGAGCAAGGAAAAGAUCGAACUGUUCAGUUUGCCCACAUAUAUCCCGCAUAUUAGUGAAUUCAAGGCAAACAUUGAGCAAAAUGAAAACUUUAGGAUCGAGACAAUGGAGGAGAUAAGUCAUCCUAUGGAUUAUAUGCCAUUAACCAACGACUUCAUCACUUCCAUGUUUCGAGCCAUUCUCAAUACUAUAAUUGAAGAACACUUUGGAGACGGUGUGGUCGAUGAGCUAUUCGAUCGACUUGCUAAGAAGCUGGACAAGUACCCAAUUGAUUUCAAAAUGUUCUUUGGUUUGGAUUACAUCAAUAUACCUGGAACCUUCAUACCAAAGGUUUGGAAAUUUGCACAAAGCCAAAAAAAGCGGUGAAUUGUGGUGAAGAAAACAUUAGUGGAGUU